AUGGCCUCUGCACUCGCUCAGCAGCUCGCUCAGUCCGCCUCUCUCAACACCGCUCUCCUCGUCGACAGGUCUCGUCGAAAACCCACCCCGUCCUACCUCUUCACAUCUCGCGAAGCCGACCACCACGACCUCGAGUCUAUCCAUGCUCUUGCAGUCAACGCCUUCUUCCGUCUAAAGACCGUCGAGCCCGCUUUGUCUGCCUACGAAGAUGCUUUGUUCUCAGUUGCUGCGGAAGCGGCAGACAGAACACUACAAAACGCCGAGGCGAACGCUAGGCUCGAUGCGAAUCUAGACUCGUUUUUGCCCUUGCUAGGGCCUUAUUUGUUGGAGACUCCCACUGGCAAGAUUAUUGAGUGGCUCGUCCGACGCUUCCGCAUACAUGAAUUCAAUGUUGAAGCUGUCCUCGCGCUAUUCUUGCCGUACCAGGGGUCUCCUCAUUUCACAAAGAUGCUCUCGAUCCUACACAUCUCAGAAAAGUCUACAUUCGCCGCUUUCUUGCCUUACAAAUCGACGUCUACCCCCCUCACGCACAACGCCCUCGUCGAGCUCAUGCUCAAGCCUACAAACACCGACCUUGCUCGCUUCGUCGGAAGCUUGCUCCCCUCUACCAUCAACGCGACUUCCGCCGCAGCUGUGCACCGUGCGCUUGUUGCGUUCCAUACUGGAACACUUAUGGACUUCGUGAAGCGCAUGCGGGACCUCCGCUCAGGACCACUGGACGAGGAAACGCUUGCCUGGGUUCUCCCAGCGGCAAUGAAACCGCUCCAGGCGUGCACAGAGCUCGAGGUUGAAAGUGCGAAAGAUGCGCUCGUUAGCGAAGUCGUCCUCUCAUCCUACCUGCUCCUCUCUGCCCUCGCGCAUACAUGCCCACUCUCUUCAAAAGCGCUUUCGGCCAUUCUCAAGACAGCGUCCUCCUGCGCUCCCCGGGUGUCCCCCAAACAACUCAUUCGGACUCUCGCGAGUAUAUGCGCAUCGCAAGAGCUCAGCGCGGUCUCUCCACUUUCCAAGACGGUAGUCAAGACCGUGAUGAGGCUCCCAGGUGUUGAGACCGAGAUCCAGGAAACGCUCAGGUUCGCCGGCACCGAGAGGUUCGUCGGUCCAUUCGCGCAGAGUCUCGCGAACCGCUUGGACGAGGAGCGUGCCGCCGACAUCCUGACCUCGCUCGUCACCUUCCAGUCUGUCCCGCUCUCGAUCGUCCGCGACCUCGCGAACGCGCUCAUCCAGCAAGCAGUGUCCACUCCUGAGCCGGACGCAACCGUGCUCGCGCGCGGCCGCUCGCUGCUCGUGCACGUCCAGCAGCGCCACCCUGAGCUCCUGCAGAUGUAUUUCGAGGCUGCGCUUGAGGACGCUGGAGAGAACAAGGAUGCGCUCGAGCAGCUGUUGAUCUCGUUGUCGGUGGAGCUGCCGGGAGGGUUUGCGGGCACAAAAGAGGCGGAUAUGGUCGUGGCCUCGACUAGUGCGGACGCUGCUGUUCGUGUCAUCGCCGUUCGCGAGCUUUACGAGAAGUUUGCGAAGGGUGACCUGUCGCCGUCUGACCUAGUAUCAGCACGUUCUGCGCUUCUUGCCCGUGUGCAGGACACCCACGUGCCGGUUCUGGAAGUACUAUACUCCAACUCAACCGGACUUCUACCAUUGCUACUCGAAGACCCUUCCGGAUACCUACAGACAGUCUCCCAGAUCCUUCACUCUCCGGCAUCUCUGAGUCGACAUGUUAUCAAGGCGCACCUCAGCUUCAUCGCCACGCACUUUUAUCCGAGUAUGGUCUCCCAAUCAAACGCCGGCCCGCUGGCCACCGCAAUCUACGAGCAGGUCUUCUUCCCCUUCCUACUCCACUCGAAGCCCCGCCAGCGCACCGCGUCGCUCGUCUGGGAGAUCAUCGAGUCGACAGAAAAGACCGCCGAGGGGAACGCCGCCUUCUCGCGCUUCGAGCUGCUCGGCGGCGUCCUCGAGGCCGUCCGUUGGGAGGCGGCGCAGAAGCAGCCCGGCACAGACGCCGAGGGCGGGCACCACAACACCGAGGCGCUCGCGAAGGCAAACGUCACCGUGGCCGCGAAAAUUGCAGAAAACGUCGUGGGCUCGCGGGCGUUUGCUGCACACGUCGAGUUCUUGCUCGGGCGUCUGAACGGGGGUGACGCGCAUGCGCGGGCGCUGGCUUACCUCGUCUGCCGUGCGCUGCUUGGGCACCUGAGUGGUGAGCGGCGGGUGGAUGUGGCGCACAAAAUCAUCGCUACGAUGAAGCUGGAGAACUUGGAGGGCAUGGAGGACUUCAUGCGCGGUUCUGGCGAUCUGCAAGUGGUAAGGAUCCUGAGCACCGCCGUGGUCCUCAAGCCCAGCAAGCGCGCCACCCUGCAUCGUCUCCAGGCAGCCAUCCUCGCCCUGUUGCCAGGCAUCCGAUGCCCCGCUGGCGCCGUACUCAACUGGCUCGGGCCCGCGAAGGACGACACGCCCGGAGAGAAGUACGUCAACCUCAUGCGCCGCGUGUACAUGCUCGUCAACGCGAGCGGCGCGCUCCCGGGACUGUCCUCGAACCUCGCGACGGCGCUCUUCGUCGGCGUCGGGGCGGACGCGCUCCAGUUCCUCGCGGGCGUCUGGCUGCAGCCGCACGAAUUAGCGCCCGUGGCGCACUGCGCGCUGAAGCACGCCACGGCGUUCCUCGAGGCGCACUGCGCCACGCAGCGCGCCAUCGACUUCCAGACGGUCGUGCCCGCGGUACUCGUUGCGAUGCAAGACGGCGCCCGGCGUGUGCGCGAGGCUGCCCUCGACUGUGUCGCGUCGCUGGUCCGGUUAGCACAAGCUGCGAGUCCGAGUGCUGUGUAUGGCUUCGACGCCAUUUAUGGUGAAAGCUCUGCUGAUCUGCAAUAUCUCGACUGGGCCGACUUCAACAAAUACCUCCAGGCGCUGCAAGCGGCGAGGGAGCACCUGGUCAACGAUGCCUCGUACCUGCGCGUUCUGCACCAACAGCAGCUGCUCCCGGUCAGGGGCGAGGCCAAGAAGGACGCGGGCUACAAACAGAGCGUCGUCUGCUUCCUACUCUCGCACGUCAACGGCUGCGCGCUCCUGCCCAUGAAGCUCGCGCUUCUCCGCAGUCUCGAGGCCGUCGUGACCGUGGCCAAGGCACAGAUGCUUCUACCCGCCGUCGAGAAGCUCGCGGGCGACGAAUUGCCGUGGCUCGGCGCAGGCGAGGACGCCGAUGCGUACGCGGUGCUUGUCCUCGCGAGCCUGGACGGCACCGCUGUCGAACUCUUGCACGAGCGCACCGACAAGCCGUGGAACGCGUACGUGAAGGUGCUCCGCCGGUACUUCCAGACGGACGCGCCUGCCGCGGCGAGGGAGGUCCUUGCCAGUCGUCUUCAGAGCGGGCUGUUCGCGAAACUUCGCCUUGAUCGUAAAGUUGAGCUGUGCAAGGUGCUGCUCGAACAAGGGCAAGAGCAUGUGGAUAUCGCCAUGGAUUGCAGAAAGGUCCUCAGUAUGAUAACAGCAGAGGUCGAUGUCAUGAUCGAUCUUCUAUCGACUCUUCAGCCAAACAUUGUGGACCAGCACGCAACCAAACGCGCUAAGCUCGACAGCCGAAGUGCUGGCACUUACUCUUUACUCUCUUUCUUGAGCGAGCUCCUCGGCUCGAAGCCGCUACCGGGUUCGAUCGAGCUCGUCUCCUGCCUACUUGAAACCCUUACCAAGGUGGUUCACGACACGUCUUCUUCGUCAGCCGAGAAAACCUACGUCGAGCAGCUACUCAUGUCCGCGCUCGAGAACGCCUCUGCCAAUAUCCCAGAUGGUGUCUCGCUUUUAGGCUCGAAUCUCCGGCUAGAUGUGCUCGUUGAGCUCAUUCGGGUGUCGGAGAACCCGCAGACAUUCAACCAGGCGCUGCUCCUCAUGGCGACACUCACUCGUCUCGCGCCAGAUGCUGUGCUUCGCAACGUCAUGCCUGUCUUCACGUUCAUGGGCUCGAAUGUCUUCCACCGGGACGACACGUACAGCUUCCGCGUUACUAUCGACGGCGUCGUUCCUGUCAUGGUCAGCUCGCUCAAGAGCACGCAUACGGAUAAGCUGGCGCUGGCCAUCGCCUCGCGAUCGUUCCUGCGCGUUUUCACGGAUGCGGCGAAUCACGUUCCACGACACAGGCGCACCCACUUCUUUGCUCACUUGGUAGAUGUCCUUGGACCGGGCGAUUUCCUUUCUCCAGUGUGCUUGCUCCUCGUGGACAAGGUGUCAAGCAAGAUUGUGCGCCAGAGUUCGGCAGAUGUCGUCGCCACCUUGGCGUUGCCACUCGCUACGCUCGGUCGCUACACUCCAGAGCUGCAGUUCUCGACGCUUGCAGAGAUGCUCCAAGAGGCACGUCGAUUGAUCGAGGUGGAAUUGAAGCUCACUCCUGAGGCCAAUACUUUCUUGGAGGCAACUCCCGAUGAAGAGCGUGGUUCACACGCGAACUCUCCCAAGAGACAGGCUCACGCAAUCCUCGUGUUUGUUCGCUAUGCGCUGGCACAGCUUGCGACAGGCAAUCGUUCUACAUCACCCGAACGGAACACUAGCUCGACUCUACUGGGUACUCUCCUAGACAUCGCGGUCUCCAAGCGAGCGAAGCUGGCAGAGGCAUCGAUGGCGUACAUCUCGAAUAUCGCUGAUAGUGCCGUUCGCGACGCUCUUAACGUCAUGUCUGCCUCAGACUUCAUCGUUGGUGUACUUGCUGUCAUUGAGACUGGAGAAGCCACUAUCCUGGACGGCGUCUUCAACCUCCUUGGCGAUGAGCUGCCAAAUGUCUCGGACAAGGUGCGGCAAGACUCGAAAGCGUCAACCAUCAAGAUCGUGGACAUCAUCAAGAAGUUAAUACCCACCGCCGACACCGAGCUACUUCUCCCUGCUGCCCUGUAUGCGCUUAACUCCAUUACCAACACCUUGGUCUCUGGAGAAGAACAUGCACUAACCAGUACUGUUCCUCUCGUCAUUAAGUCCGUCCGCGAGCGACGGGCGACUGCUCCAACGCUAUCUACGCUUCUAGCCUUGACGUGCGUCUCAAAGCUUGGUCCUCGUACUAUCCCGUACUUCAAAGAGAUUGUCAAAGAGUGUGUCGGCGUCCUCAGAGAUGCGGAGCUUACUGCGUCGUCAGACGCUGUAGCUGUUCUGCAGGCUCUACUGGGGUCUAUCCCGAACUUCUGGGGCAGUGCGGACCUUACACAGAUCGUCGACCUGUGCCUGGACUCGACCGUUUCUGCGUCCCAGUCUGUUACCGCGCUCAUCUGGACUGUUGUCAAGGCUGUCGCGAAGAAGAUCCCAUCCAAGGUGCUAGUACCAGCCCUGUGCGAAUACUGGGCUACCCUAUCAUCUAAAGGCGACGUGAGUCUUACUCGUGCAUUCUUUACGGUGCUCAAGAGGGCAGUACACGCUGCCGACCGUGCGGUGGUCUCGGAUAACAUGCGCGUUCUCACGAAGACGUUCUUGGAGGCCUUCCAACACUGCGCCUUUAGUCGCGAGAUCCAGACAGAGGCUCAAAGCGAAGCUAUCGCGGCCUUCCUCGAGCUGGUCGUCAAGCUUAAUGAGACUCUCUUCAAACCGCUCUUCCGCAGGCUCUUCGAUUGGGCAUUUAACUCGGAGGUAGGCGACUCGCGGAGGGUCGUCUUCUGUCAGGUGUAUAUAGCACUUCUAGAUUACUUCAAGAACCUCGUGACGCCAUAUAUGUCCUUCUUGUUGACGCCGUUUGCGGAGCUGCUCAAUACCUGGGCUAAGUCUUCGGUGGACGAAGAGCUCUGGCUGGCUACUGUUCAGGUCAUAGCGAAGUCGUUCGCUCACGACGAAGGCACAUACUGGCGAGACGACAGACUUCGAACGCUAGCCACGCCCACCAUUACUCAGGUCGCGGUCUGCACACGCCUGCAGAUAUCAGAGGCCCGGACCGCCUUGUCUGACUGCCUCAUCGCGAUGGUAGAAGCCGCGAGCGAUGACAGCCUCGUCAAGAAGAUAAAUCUCGACAUCUUGAUGCACACACGUGCCGAGGAUUCUCGCCUCCGUCUCUAUGCAUUGACUUGCAGCGAAGCGUUAUGGCGUGCUCACGGAACAAAGCUCAUGGGUUUUGCGGGCGAGACAGCCACCUUUGUCGCGGAGUGUGCCGAGGAUGACAACGACAGCAUCGUACGCGAGGCACAUCGACUCAAAGAUGCGAUAGAAAGCGUGGCAGGGCGGAUAGAUUUGUAG